UCACGCGAUGUUUUUAGUGCUAUGGCGUACCAGGAAGGGGAGUCGCUUGAAUCCUGGCUCAACAAAGCCACCCAUCCAACAAACAGACAGGAGGACUGGGAGUACAUCAUAGGGUUCUGUGAUCAGAUCAACAAGGAACUGGAAGGUCCGCAGAUAGCCGUGAAUCUGCUCGUCCACAAAAUCCACUCACCGCAAGAAUGGGAAGCUCUUCAGGCUCUGACGGUGUUGGAGGCAUGCAUGAAGAACUGUGGGAGAAGAUUUCAUAAUGAAGUUGGGAAAUACAGAUUUUUGAAUGAGCUGAUUAAAGUUGUGUCUCCAAAGUACAUGGGCGACAGCACGCCUGAGAAGGUGAAGCUGAAGAUUGUGGAGAUGCUGUACAGCUGGACGGUGGCUUUUCCAAAUGAAGCCAAGAUCGGUGAAGCCUACCAGACGCUAAGAAGACAGGGCCUUGUGACACGUGACCCAGAGUUACCGCUGGACAGGACUCUGAUCCCCUCUCCUCCGACACGACCUAAACAUCCGGUGUUCGACAACGAGGACAUGGGAAAGCUGCUUGCUGAGCUUCUCCGGAGUAAAAAUCCAGAGGACCUCCAGGAAGCCAACAGAUUAAUCAAAAACAUGGUGAAAGAGGACGAGGCGCGAGUGCACAAAGUAACAAAGCGCAUUCACACGCUGGAGGAGGUGAACAUCAACGUGAAGCUGCUGACGGAGAUGCUGUCCCACUACAAUAAAGACAGGUCCUCUGAGUCAGACAAGGAAAUCAUUAAGGAACUCUACGAGCGCUGUGACAAGCUGAGGCGUGCUGCUUUCAAAAUGGCCACUGAGACAGAGGACAAUGACACCAGUUUAGGUGACAUCCUGCAGGCCAGCGAUGACCUCUCCAGGGUCAUCAACGCCUAUAAGAAGAUUGUCGAGGGGCAGCCCAUGAACGGCGACAGUGAAGAGCCUCGGACUACGGCUGGUCACAGUGAGACCGAGACCACAGACACACUGAUUGACCUCGCCGGCCUCGACACUCCGAGUCCCCCUCAACCAGCGGCCCCUCCGUCCCAGUCCUCAAAUCCUGUCUCCGCUGUCUCCGCCAAUCCCACGGCUUCCCCCAUCCCGGUCCUGCCUCCUCCUCCCAAACGCCUCGCCGGCUCGCAUGGCAGUCAGAGCAGCAGCCCGAGUCACCCCCCCCUCGACAAGGCCUCCACCGCACUCUUUCUCCUCGAUGAUGAGCUGCUGUCUCUAGGACUGAACGACCCCCCUAACUCUGUGAGCAGCCAGUCAAAACCCAAGUUGAACGAACUGUCCAAUCAGUGGACUUCCUUGCAAGCUCCAGCAUCAAGUGUGGAUUUGUUUGGCAGUUUAGCUUGUUCAGGUCCAGCGGUGCCCCCAGCUGAACCAGCUACUGUCAUACACAGUCUCCAGAACCUGCAAGACCUGGCCAUGAUGGGCUUUUCAGAUCACAAGAGUUUGUCCAGCCAGAUGACGGCCAGAGGAGGAGGCGGCUUUGGGAUGCCUGGAGCACCUCCCCUCGUACCCGGACAGGGCUCUCCCUCCUCACCUUCUCUUCUCCAGGGCACAAUGCAUGGCUCUCCCGCUCUGUCCCAUGCCAAGGCUCAGAGCCUAGGCUCAGCCCCUGGCAGCCCGCUGUUCCGCUCUCUGUCCCCCUGCCACCCUCCCCUCCAAGGCAGCCCAGCCAGAGCCAUAGACAUCUCCCUGAGCAAUGUGCACGUCCCUUUGGAGGCCAUCAGACCGAGUAAAGUGCUGCCUGUGACGGCCUACGAUAAGGACGGCGUUCGCAUGCUCCUCAACUUUGCAUCUGACUGUCCCCCCUGCAGGCCUGACGUGUUGGUAAUGGUGGUGUCCAUGCUCAAUACAGCACCCCUGCCUGUUCAUAGUGUGGUACUGCAAGCUGCUGUCCCCAAGUCAAUGAAGGUGAAGCUGCAGCCCCCAUCAGGAACAGAACUGGCACCAUUUAACCCUAUCCUACCUCCGGCCUCCAUUACACAGAUCAUGUUGCUGGCCAAUCCAACAAAGGAGAAGGUGCGUCUGCGCUACAAGCUGGCUUUCUCGCUAGGAGACCGACUGUGCAACGAGGUCGGAGAAGUCGACCAGUUCCCCCCACAAGAGACAUGGGGUCAUCUAUAGCAGCUCGUAGUCCCGCUACCGCUCAGCAGGGACAGACUCCAUGAAGGGGUGUGUUCAUCCCAGAGAGAACGGAGGGGAAGGUGGGGGCUCAUUCAGCGGCUCUCCAACUUUCAGCUUCACAUUCCUUAUCGUUGUGCAUUUCUUUGGCCAUCAUUGUUACUGGCAGUGAGAAGCUUGCAGCAGACACUUAUUUACGUAUACGGUGCUCGUAUACGUUUCUGCAGAUAGCUAACAAACUAAAGAUAUACACUGGCAAGACAGCCGUGACGUUUACAAGUCGGUGGUAUUGAGAUAAAUAUUUUAAUGGAUUCCCCCCCCCCUCAAGGUGAAUAUAACAGUUUUGAAUGUACUUUAAAUAAUCAAUGCAUUAGCCUCAGACUGACGGGAUGCAUUGCAGCAUAACAAAAUGUUUUAAAAGAAAUUAACCUCUAAGUUAACGGAGAGAGAACAGUCGUGCUUUCAUUUAUUCCUGUGUGAGCACUUUCUUAGCCCACACAAAAUAUACUUGAAUAUAUCCAGAAAUUUGGAAACGGGAUCUAGUAGGUAGAAGGAAAAAAUGCAUCUGUUAAGUAAAAAGUACUGUGAUGUAGUCAUUGCUGCAGGAAGAUAGUUGAUUGUUUGUAUAUCGAUUACAUGAAUAUUUCAUGCAUUAAGAUUUUUGACAUGGUUAAGUAACGUGUUUAUCAAUUGUUCUAUUUAAUUUAGCCGUUUUAGAUUAGUGGACCAACAAUGUUAAAUUCUGUGUUGUAAAAGCAACCAACUGCACUUUAGAAGGUAAUUUUAAUUACAAAUAUGUCGUUAUGACGUGAGGCUACUGAGUUCAAAUCUAGUUUUAUUUCAUGUGAUUAGUUUUUUCUUGGAAGGUGGUUUGCUCAGAUUGUCAGCAUUUCAGUCACGUGUAUCAAUAGUUUUUUUUCUGUAUUUAAAGCUCUUCUACCAGUGUCAGUAUUGGGAGUAUUUUUUGUCAUUUAUUAUUUUCUGUUAUAGUAUUUCAGUGCAUCACUGAACCUAGAAAAUGUGAACUAAAAAAAUCUAAAUUUAAUUUCUGUGGCUUGAAAAAGGGAAAUCUGUCACCAGAUAAAUACACUUUGCAGUGUUCAGCAGUGGGAUUUUGAUAAAUCAGUCCACCUCGAUCCUUAGGUCCCUUCCUCUGGUAGUCCUCAACCGUUGUCAUGUGGGAUGUACGGAAGUGUUUAAUGUACAUAGUGUGUAAUGUACCUAUUGUUUGUUGUAUGACGAGUUAUGUGAACAUGUGAUGUGUAGAUUUUGGGAGUGUUAGGUCUGUACAUACUGUAUGAUGUGCCAUGUGUUUGCUGCAUGAAAAAAU